GAACUACAAUUCCCACAAUUCAUCCGAGGCAACUUUCUAGAAUCCUGACGCAUAUUUUAGCGCGACUCGCUUUUUAAGAAUAGCUAGCUAACGUCCACUUACCCCGUCCUAUAUUUCAGAGAAUUAACGUCUAAGGCGUGUUAAUUUUGGUCCAUUUUUGUUCGGACGAAGCAUUAUAAUAUUAGGUUAGUAGGGCUUGAGCCUUUUGCUCCGUGCUAAUGAGAUUAUUUCAAUGGAAAACAACAUGAACCGAAUGGAGGAAAGCUAUCAAAACAUCAACAUCCACAAAUAAAAAUACAAGGGCAGCACUGCUGCGCAGUUAUCUGCCCGAGUGGCUCUCCAGAUCAUUUCAUCAAUUGGACCACCAUGCACCAGUCUGCUCCCUCAAGCAGUGAACUAGGGUUUCUGCCAGCCAUGUAUUCAUUUUCAGGUCCCACAAGCCUUCCUGAAUUUGAGCUCGAACCUACAAGUACGUCUGGUCACUUGCAGAGAGCAACACUCUCUAACAACUGGGAGACACGAUGCCUCAGGAAGCACAGGAGGAGAGUUGAUGAUGAGGGAUGCAUUGCCAAAAGGAGAAGAUUGAUGCUUGAGGCCGAAGUGGAGAUUUCAGAGAACUCAACCGCUAACCCUCAUCAAGACUGGUCUACAGCGAACAGCUGCGCUCCCCUGUCUAGACAGCAAGCCAGUCCCCCACUUCCACAGCCCUGCCCAGCACCUCAGCUACUGACCUUGCCACAGCAACCUAAACCUUGUCGACCUGAGACAAGGGAGGAGAGCUCCUGCAUGGAAAUUGAGGCAGCUCAGAGGAAACUUCAGGAGAUUGAGCACAGAAUAACGCUGGAAGAUGAUGAGGAUGAAGAUCUGGAUGUUGAGCCAGCCCCGAGACGGCCAGUGCUGGUUAUCUCUGACAGUUUGAAAGAGGGUCUGCAGCAUGGCAUCAGUGACAUCCUCCCCCACACCGUAGCCCAGUCUGUGAGCCAAUCCUGCAUGGAGUUGGUGUUGUGGCGUCCACCAGAUGAUCCCUUCUGUCGGAGGCUAAAGGACUCAUUACAGAAACACCGUAAACAACAGACAGGCCCUCGGCAACCCUCAACUCCCUGUCCAUCUCCCACCCCUCACAGUCCACUCAGCCCCUCCUGUCUACCUGCAGAUACACACUCUCCUUUGUACAGCUUUCCUGUGGCCCACAGCUCUGGGGAGGAGGACAUGGAAAUGUAAUGGUGCUUAACUGCUUUAAAAGCCCUGCCAAAGUAAAAGACUGGACAUGUUGUCACCCAAAAGACUACAAAAGCAACUUUAAAUCGGUCUGUUUGACAAGGCAUGUUAACUUUACAUGAAUAUUGUGCUGUUUUGACAGUGUGUACAGCACAUCAUUUGCUUUACAGUCACUCACUUUAGGUUUUCUGACUGUCAUCCCUGUGAAAUCAGUUCAUUUCAAUAGUGACGGUUAACUGUCACGAUCUCAAGGCUUUGAAAUGUUCUGUUGUCACCCUUACAUAAACUGUUUUUGUAACACAGAAUUAACCUUUGCCCUUAGAAACACUUGGUGCUGUGGCCUUUUUUGUUAAACAUGCACAGAACUGUAAAUAAGUCAUAGAAAUGCAUCCUCUCUUGGAUUGUAUCUUCAUAUGUACAGUUCCAGAAUUUGAAAGAUCCAUCAAAACGUUAUUACUUUAUACUUGUUUUUAAGCAGCAAUCUCUUACAUUGUCCAUGUAGAAAUUCUGCACAGUCAGUCUUUAUUGAAUGAAAUUCAGUUUGAAUUUAUUAAAAGCAAUCCUUGUUGGGUGAA